AUGUUAAACAAAUUUUGCUUUGAAGCACUCGACAAGUGCUUUAAGGAUGUUCUUCAUUUUGAUCAUGGAUAUAAUCCCAAUACUCUGUUUGGUAGAAAAGUUGUUGUUUUGGGAAGUGAUUUACGUCAGAUAUUGCCUGUAAUUCCUCGUGGUUCCUGGGAGGAGAUUGUUCAUGCAUGUGAUGGGUUAUUUGGAGACAGUAUUGAUGGCGAAUCGGUGAUUAGAAUACCAGACAACUUGCUAUUGGAUAUUGAGUCUCCGGGUCUCCACGAUUUAGUGUUGUUUGUUUAUCCUGACAUUUUACUCCAUACUUCUAGUGUGGAUUAUUUUAAGGACAUGAGUAUAUUGGCACCAACACUUGAUAUUGUUACUAAAGUUAAUAAUCAUGUGAUGUCUUUGAUCCCUGGCAAUGAAAGGGUUUACCUGAGCUCUGACACACUGCUUAAUGAAGAUGGUCACUUAGAAUCUGAAUUAUACACAAUGAGCAUAAAGUCGUUGAAUGUAUUGAAUUGUUCUGGAAUUCCUCAACACAGGUUAGUUCAUAAAAUUGGUGUUCCUAUCAUGCUUCUUCGCAAUAUUGACCAAUCUAAUGGACUAUGCAAUGGUACGCGAAUGCAAGUUAGGCGACUUGGUGAUCAUGUCAUUGAGUGCGUCAUAUUAGCAAAUCUUUUCGAUUACGCUUUGCUUUGCAAUGACCUUAAAAACUCCCAGGGACGAACACUGUCAACUAUUGACGUAUAUCUUCCAAGACCUGUUUUCACUCAUGGUCAGCUUUAUGUUGCACUCUCUCGGGUCAACAGUUAUUCUGGUCUGAAGGUGUUGUUUGCAUUCCGUCUCCUUAAGACUGUAGUUACUGCUUGCGAAUAUGCUAUUGUUGAAUAUUGCCACAACGGGAUUCCAUUAUUUAUGCUUAGAAGCCGUUGCUUUUAUAUCUCCGUGCUUGGCACGGGUCUUAAAACUAGUAGAUAUAGAGAUAAAGAUGUCUGCUCUUCUUGA